GGCGGAAGUAAGGUUUCGGCGUCAUCGUGUCACUCGUCGAUGGAUGAUAUUCGGAGGCCUUCUGGACUCGGGCCGUCGAUCGAGGACCAUACUAAGCAUGCGUAUCACGUCCAGGUUCCGCCCCUCCCACUAAGGCUUUGACUUUUCUACCAUCGACCGAUAUUACUCCACACGACUGCGUCGUUCUCUCCUUUAUCUAGCUAUCUGGCUACAGUUGUGACUUCAAAUAACCCAUACACUAGACGUGUAUGGAAAUUCGACAAUUAAGUGCGUUCUCUUCUCUCGUUGAAAUUUAGUACAACGUGGCUCUAGGAACAGCACACGACGCAAGGGCACGGUGCUUCUUUUUUGGUAGUGCGAAUUGUUAAACGUGUGAUCCAUCAUGACCUCGUGUAACCCUCUUUCUACUACCGCCACCUCCAGGAGUCAUCAAAUAACUUUAACGAAGAUGUCGUCAACGACUAAUCCUCCCGAUGCCUGUCCUACAUGUGCUUGCUUCACGGAAACAACGUUUUCAGGCCACGAACGUUCACCUCGUGUCUCAAAGCUGUUGAGAUGCAACGAUCCUCCGUCUGACGGAGAACUCUCCGAUUUCCAGAGCACCGUCAGGAGCGGCCCUGGGCAUCUCGCAGACCUUGACCAGAAGAUAGUGCAUGCCAAGGAACACCUUACUACGCUAAUUCACGAGCGUAGCGUUCUUGAAGCAAAAAUCGAUGAUGCUCGAACACUAUCUUCUCCUAUACGAAGAUUGUCAUCUGACGUUCUCCGCGCCAUUGCUCUCGAGACCAUCCCUUCCUCACACGAGGUCAUGAAUUCCACCUUGCAGCGAUUCGACAGCUGCAAUAGUCUCGAUAGCAGGGAAUCGCCCUGGACGUUGGCGCAGGUCUCUCAUAGGUGGAGGUCAACCAUUGUGAACGCACCGGAGGUGUGGUCAUCCAUGUCACUAGUGAUCAAACACGAUGACAAACCCACAAUAGUCGUCCGUCAGAUGUUUAUGACUGGACUCCGACUUGAGAGAUCUAAAUCUUUCCCUCUCACUGUGUCGCUUUCAAGUUCUCCAGAUGCAGAUAUUUCUAACCAUCCCUUGCUCUUUCUCAUUUCCACGCGCUGUUCCUUAAUAAGAAACCUUCGCAUCGGCGCUUCCCUCAUAUCUUAUCCGGUGUUCUCAUGGUGGCGAGGACGUUUUGAUCAGCUCUAUAAACUCAGUCUUACAUCGCCGCCUCUGCCUAAUCGGGGGCAACUGUCAUCGGGAGGUGUAGAGUCUGCCAUUGACGUUUUCGAAUAUGCACCGAAGUUGAAAACUGUCGGCCUGUGGAUCAGCGAUGGCCUUCAUUUUUCUUUCAGAUUCCCAUGGACUCGGAUUACUCACCUUGGCAUUCAAAUUUUUGAUCAGCAAGAUAUCGAUAUCCUUCGACAAUUGAACAAUCUGAACCAUCUCCAUAUUGCAUAUGGAAAGGGUGUAUUCGCAGUCCCUGCAGAUCAUAGAGCCAUCUCUCUCCCGGAUCUUACCUUGUUGACCCUCACGUAUCGAUAUAGAAGGCCAACACCUUCCCUUCCCUUACACCCCGAAAAUGACCAGAUAUUCUCUUUGCUUUCUAUCCCCAAUCUCACUGAUCUGAGUCUCAUCUACCGUAGAGGAUUCAGCGUUUCCCCCGCCAUACCGGCGUCCAACACGAUUACAACGCUAAAACUCGAGUUUAGCGACGAAGGUGACGACUACCAGGCUCUAACCAUACUGUUCCAAUCCCUCACCAAUCUACGCCACCUUACUAUAUCGUCUCCCUAUGACAUUCCAACAUUCAUUAUAGUAUUAAUGCUGGUACCCCUGCUUCAUCUACGAACCCUCGACUUCCGCCAAUUGACCAUCACUUGUGAAUACGCCAUGUUCGUUCAGAUGAUCAGGGCUCGCAGGAAAGGGAAUGACCUGAGUAUAGACCAAUUGGAGAGCGUGUACCUUCGUUCUCCCCUUACCCUCAGCGACCCCUACACUAGUAUGUGGCAGGAUCUAAUUGACGAAGGGUUGAAGGUCGUGUACGGGAAGUGA